GGGGCGGAUCUUCUUCAAUAUUCGUUCCCCUCUCCCCUCCACGUUGACGGACACAACUUUAUGGUAUCUCUCCCUAAUCGACGGUAGUCGGAAACUGGCUUCAACUCCUCCGCAUCUUUGUUUGAUCGCGGUUGAUUUCUUUCAUCUGAAUCAUCGGCGAUAUCGCUUCAAUUAACAGGUGAAUCUUGUGUACACUUGCUAGUGUAAAGACCAAAUGGACGAGACAUCUAAAGCUUCAUCAGGGAAGGAGGAAGAAGUCAUCAAGAAGAAGUAUGGAGGCAUUGUGCCAAAAAAGCCCCCACUCAUUUCCAAGGAUCAUGAACGGGCUUAUUUUGAUUCAGCUGAUUGGGCUCUCGGAAAGCAAGGUGUAGAGAAGCCCAAAGGACCUCUCGAGGCACUUCGGCCUAAACUACAGCCAACUCAACAACAAACAAGAUAUAGGAAAUCUCCUUGUGCACCAACAGAUGGAGAAGAUGGAAACAGUACGCCAGCCUCGGAUGAUGGGUCUAUGAAUGAAUGAGAAAGUGAUGUUGAAUGUUGAUCUUCUCUCUCCCUUUUUCAUUUCAUGAAACAAUAGCUACAAACAUAUUGUGAUACAAGUAUGCAACUUGCAUUCUUUUUUUUUCUAAGUGUUUUUUUUUUUUUUUUUUCUUUUCAACUUUAAUCCAUGUUUGAACUAGCUUUCCAUUGGGAUCUAUGAACUGUGCUGCUGGUAAAUGACUCUUUUGCUUUAA